AUGUGUACAGAGGCUGCCCAGCAGGGACUCCUGCAGUGGCUGUUGAAGAGGCUGAAGGCCAAGAUGCCCUUUGAUGCCAACAAACUGUACUGUAGUGAAGUGCUGGCCAUCCUCCUCCAGGACAAUGAUGAAAACAGGGAAUUGCUGGGAGAGCUGGAUGGAAUCGAUGUGCUUCUUCAGCAGUUAUCCGUAUUUAAGAGACACAACCCCAGCACUGCAGAGGAGCAGGAGAUGAUGGAGAACCUGUUUGACGCCCUCUGCUCCUGCCUCAUGCUCAGCUCCAACCGAGAGCGCUUCCUGAAGGGCGAGGGCCUUCAGCUCAUGAAUCUCAUGCUCAGGGAGAAGAAGGUCUCCCGGAGUAGCGCCCUGAAGGUUCUGGACCAUGCCAUAAUUGGACCCGAGGGCACAGACAAUUGCCACAAGUUUGUUGACAUCCUUGGCUUACGAACCAUCUUUCCACUCUUCAUGAAGUCUCCCCGGAAGAUCAAGAAGGUGGGAACCACAGAGAAGGAGCAUGAAGAGCAUGUCUGUUCGAUCCUGGCUUCCCUUCUGCGCAACCUGAGAGGGCAGCAGCGGACCCGGCUUCUGAAUAAAUUUACGGAGAACGACAGUGAGAAGGUUGACAGAGUAAUGGAGCUGCACUUUAAAUAUCUAGGUGCAAUGCAGGUGGCCGAAGGGGAGAAGCACGACAUCGUGCGGCGCGGGGAGAUCAUUAGCAAUGACAUGGAGGACGAGCUGGAGCUGUACCUGCGGCGCCUGGAUGCUGGCCUCUUCAUCCUGCAGCACAUCUGCUACAUCAUGGCGGAGAUCUGCAAUGCCAGUGUCCCCCAGAUUCGCCAGCGGGUUCACCAGAUCCUGAACACGCGUGGCAGCUCCAUCAAGAUCGUCAGGCACCUCAUCAAAGAGUACGCAGAGAACAUUGGAGAUGGCUGGAGCCCUGAGUUCCGGGAGACUGAGCAGAAGCGCAUCCUGGGCUUGUUGGAGAACUUCUAGAAUACUAGGCAGACCGUGACAGCCACGGACCCCUA